CUGAAAUAUGGAGAGAUUCACAGGGCUGCUAUAUAAGGCAUACAAUUAGGUUAGUUUUCUGUUUCGCACGCCACAUAAACUUUUUCAUGGAGUAUUCGACAAUCUUUCACGUGAGAAAUCUCGUGGAAAAUAUAAUAAGUGAAUUAACGAAUUUAGAAACUGAAAAUUCGACAAUUAUCAAAGUGAACAGUGAAAAUUUAUUACAGAACGGUGAAGUCAGCUUUCUAUCGAAUCUUCGAGUCUGGAGAGGUUAUGUUAGUUGUCACUUGAAUGACGAUUUGGAACCUAAAAACAUUUUGGACCAUUACUUGGGAAGUAAAAAUUUUGAUUUUAAACAUUUAACUGACGAAGAAGUUGGGCAGGAGACAUUCAAACGAUUAGUCUCCAAAUCCAAAGAAUGGUCUCUACAAAUAAAUUCUUGUUCAUUAAAAAAAGAAAGAGUAUGUCUUUUUUUAAACAGGCCUCAGAUCUUAUCACUCGCGAUAAAAACUGCUGUAAAAAAUGGUCACUCUUAUGGCAAAAAGGCAUUGGUUAAUGAAUGCUUUACAUUAAAAAUGCAAGUCGACAAAGGAUCAGAAUUGACUAAUCAGAGAUUGCAUUUCUUGAAAGAUGUUACUGAAAAUAUUUUGCGGCUGCAAGGCUAUGGUGUCUCAGAAGAGAAUGGUGAUCAUAAUUACAUUCUGACGACAAAAUCCGAAGGAAUUAUCGAAGGAAAUUAUAAAAAGAUUGUCUGUGGAGUUGUCAAGAAUCUGGAACUGAACUCAAAGGAAACAUCUCUUACGUGGAAGUCGUAUCUUUGUAGUAAAAAAGAAAAAUUGUUGGAGCUGAAUGCUCACAAGUAUAAAACGGAAAAUAAAGAAAUGGGGGAUUAUAAUGAAGACAUAGAAGAGAUUGCACGAACAGUAAUCAAAUUUGAGCUCUUGUCUGUUAAACCGAGCCGAGCUGUCUUCCUUAAAAAUGUUGCAACUUCGGAUGAUACAAUGAAAGGAGCAGCGUUUAUAUUAUACAAUACUGCGAGAAUAAAAGCAAUUUUAAAUAAAUAUACCGAGAAAGAACUUGAUGGAAACUAUCCAAAGCUUUCAAAUAUUGAAGAUGUGGAUUUCUCUUGUCUCAAUCAAGAGGAAGAAUGGGAGCUGGUUUAUAAUUUUAUUCUACAAUAUCCUGAAAUGGUACAAAGUUGUAUAAAGCACAAAUCUUCUUUUGAAAUCUGUCCACAGUAUGUUUCUUCCUUUUUAUCUCGACUUUGUCAACAAUUCAGCGCUUUUUAUAGACGCAGUCGUGUUUUAGUGGAAGGAUAUAGUCAUUUAAUGCCUACUGUAAUGGCAAGAAUAUACAUGCUGCAAGCAUUGCUUGUUGUCUUGGAAAAUGCACUUGCUAUUUUUGGAACAACUUCUGUUACAAAUAUGUGAACUGAAUGUCAAGAGUUUUUUAUUUAUUAUAAUUUUAGAUCCUUGAGUCUCUAUUUUCAGUUAAUAUUUUAUACUAUUU